AUGUCCGCCAAGGGCGCGAAAAUCUUCAAGACGAAGUGCUCACAAUGCCAUACCAUCGAGAGCGGCGGCGCCCACAAGCAGGGGCCGAACCUGCGACGCGCCGGCGUCCGCGGCUCCGGAGCGUCUCGACUCACCCGUCGACCCUUUGCGGUGAAGGGCAGCGGCGUGACCUGGGACGACGACACCAUGUCCAAGUGGCUCGCGGCGCCGAAGAAGCGAGGCGCCGCCGCGUUCAUCAAGGGCACGAAGAUGGUCUUCGCCGGCAUCAAGAAGGAGAAGGAGCGCAACGAGCUCAUCGCCUACAUGAAGGAGGCCGCGGGCUAG